AUGGGAAGCAAUAAAGGAAUCAGUCUCGAGGAGAUCAAAAACGAGUCUGUCGAUCUGGAACGAAUUCCUGUAGAUGAAGUGUUUGAGCAGUUAAAAUGUACAAGGGAAGGUUUAUCAUCAGAGGAAGGAGCCAGCCGCCUUCAAAUAUUUGGACCAAACAAACUAGAGGAGAAAAAGGAGAGCAAGAUUCUCAAGUUUUUGGGGUUUAUGUGGAACCCAUUGUCAUGGGUCAUGGAAAUUGCUGCUUUGAUGGCAAUUGCUCUAGCAAAUGGUGGUGGGAAACCUCCAGACUGGCAGGAUUUCGUAGGCAUCAUCGUGUUAUUGGUUAUCAACUCCACAAUCAGUUUUAUAGAAGAAAACAAUGCUGGCAAUGCGGCAGCUGCCCUUAUGGCUGGCCUUGCUCCCAAAACUAAAGUUCUGAGAGAUGGUCGAUGGAGCGAGCAGGAUGCAUCUAUUCUAGUUCCAGGGGACAUCAUAAGCAUCAAAUUGGGAGAUAUAAUUCCAGCGGAUGCACGUUUGUUAGAGGGUGAUCCGCUGAAGAUUGAUCAGUCUGCUUUGACUGGAGAAUCACUGGCUGUCACCAAAAACCCCUCGGACGAGGUAUUCUCUGGUUCUACCUGCAAACAGGGGGAAAUUGAAGCAGUUGUAAUUGCUACCGGUGUUCACACUUUCUUUGGUAAGGCUGCUCAUCUAGUUGAUAGCACCAACCAAGUGGGACACUUUCAAAAAGUCCUCACUGCUAUCGGUAACUUCUGCAUUUGCUCAAUUUUUGUUGGGAUUCUUGCUGAGCUUAUAGUCAUGUACCCGAUACAGCACCGCAAGUACAGGGAUGGAAUUGACAAUUUACUGGUUCUCUUGAUUGGAGGAAUUCCAAUUGCUAUGCCAACUGUUUUGUCUGUCACCAUGGCUAUUGGUUCCCACAGGCUUUCUCAACAGGGUGCCAUCACCAAGAGAAUGACUGCUAUUGAGGAAAUGGCAGGAAUGGAUGUUCUCUGCAGUGAUAAGACCGGGACACUUACUCUAAACAAGCUAACAGUUGACAGAAACCUCAUUGAGGUGUUUGCAAAGGGUGUCGACAGAGACCUAGUGAUUCUGCUCGCUGCAAGGGCUUCAAGGACUGAAAAUCAGGAUGCAAUUGACGCUGCCAUUGUUGGAAUGCUGGCGGACCCUAAGGAGGCACGAGCUGGUAUUAGGGAGGUUCAUUUUCUUCCAUUCAAUCCAGUGGACAAGAGGACAGCUCUGACUUACAUCGAUGCUAGUGGAAAUUGGCAUCGAGCCAGCAAAGGUGCUCCUGAGCAGAUAUUAGCCCUUUGCAACUGCAAAGAGGAUGUCAGAAAGAAGGUUCACUCUGUGAUUGAAAAGUUUGCUGAACGUGGACUUCGAUCUUUAGCAGUUGCUAGACAGGAAGUACCUGAGAAGACAAAAGAAAGUCCAGGGGCACCGUGGCAGUUUGUUGGUUUAUUGCCUUUAUUUGAUCCACCUAGGCAUGAUAGUGCAGACACCAUCAAAAGAGCUCUCAAUCUUGGAGUGAAUGUAAAGAUGAUUACUGGUGAUCAGCUUGCAAUUGGCAAGGAAACUGGUCGGCGGCUGGGAAUGGGAACAAACAUGUAUCCAUCUUCUGCAUUGCUUGGCCAAGACAAGGAUGCAUCCGUUGCGGCCCUCCCUGUCGAUGAGUUGAUUGAGAAGGCUGAUGGAUUUGCUGGAGUAUUUCCAGAGCACAAAUAUGAAAUUGUGAAGAGGUUGCAAGAGAGAAAGCAUAUUUGUGGAAUGACUGGAGAUGGUGUGAAUGAUGCCCCUGCUUUGAAGAAGGCAGAUAUUGGAAUCGCUGUUGCGGAUGCUACUCAUGCUGCUAGAGGUGCUUCUGACAUUGUCCUCACUGAACCUGGACUCAGCGUUAUAAUAAGUGCUGUGCUCACUAGCAGGGCUAUUUUUCAAAGGAUGAAGAACUAUACUAUCUAUGCAGUUUCAAUCACCAUCCGUAUUGUGUUUGGGUUCAUGCUUAUUGCCCUGAUAUGGAAGUUUGACUUUGCUCCCUUCAUGGUUCUAAUUAUUGCCAUCCUAAAUGAUGGAACAAUCAUGACAAUCUCAAAGGAUCGAGUGAAGCCAUCCCCAAUGCCAGACAGCUGGAAACUGAAGGAGAUAUUUGCAACCGGCGUUGUGCUCGGAGGCUAUUUGGCACUAAUGACAGUAGUAUUUUUCUGGCUUAUGAAUGAUACCAAAUUUUUCUCGGACAAAUUUGGUGUGAGACCAUUGGGAGAGAAGAGGCCUGAACAGAUGAUGGCUGCAUUGUACCUACAAGUGAGUAUCGUGAGUCAGGCUCUCAUAUUUGUUACAAGGUCUCGCAGCUGGUCCUUUGCUGAACGCCCUGGACUGCUCUUACUCUUUGCUUUUGUAGCCGCACAGCUGAUUGCCACCUUGAUAGCUGUUUAUGCUAAAUGGGGUUUUGCAAAGAUAGAAGGAUGUGGUUGGGGCUGGGCCGGUGUCAUCUGGCUUUACAGUGUGGUAACAUAUAUUCCGCUUGACUUACUCAAAUUUGCGAUCCGCUACGCUUUAAGUGGGAAAGCUUGGGAUACCCUUUUGGAGAACAAGACUGCUUUUACUACAAAGAGUAACUAUGGGAAAGAGGAGAGAGAAGCACAGUGGGCUACUGCACAGAGGACUCUACAUGGCCUUCAACCACCGGAAACCACUAACCUUUUCUCUGACAAGAGCAAUUAUAGGGAGCUUUCAGAAAUUGCAGAGCAAGCCAAGAGACGGGCUGAGGUUGCAAGGCUGAGAGAGUUGAAUACCCUAAAGGGACAUGUGGAAUCAGUUGUGAAGCUGAAAGGAUUAGACAUUGAUAACAUCCAACAACAUUACACAGUUUGAGCAAAGCAAAUGGCUUUUUAAACAUAAUAUAAUGGAAGCGCUUGUGCCUGUGGAAUACUAGUCUCUUAACACCUUCUCUCUAGUUUAGACCAAUAGAGUAAUAUUCUCUCUUUCUACUACUGCAAACCUCCAAGUUUUAUUUUAAUGCCUAUUCUGGUUGUAGAAGAGGAUAUGUUACUUUUCUUCACAAACAAAAUGGCACUUUCUACCUACACAAGUUCUCUCUCUUGCUCUCAUGUUUGGAUAGUAGGGUAUGGAGGGGCAAAAUGAAUGUCUUAUUUUAACUUUCAUUUCAUCUUUUGGUGUGUAAAAAUAAAUAUAGAAUGUAAUUUUGAUAUAUACUUUUUCAAAGUGGAUUAAGAUUGCCAAAUGAAUAAUGAUAUAUGCACGAAUUAGUA